AGGAGUCGACAACGGGCUCCUUCUUUCCCUCACGAUGAUCCAACUAAAGACCAUGGUCAACGUAAUCGACAACUCCGGCGCCGCCAUAGCCGAAUGCGUCAAAGUCCUCAAAAUGAAACGCCACGCACGAAUCGGCGACAGAAUAAUAGUAGUCGUCCAAAAACAACGAAACUUCGGUCCCGAGUCCGGCGGCGGCGGCUCCGUCUCCGUCAGCGCCGCCAACAAAGUUCGCCGCGGCGACAUCCGACACGCCGUCGUCGUGCGGACGAAGAAAAAGUACCAGCGAGCGGACGGAAGUGUCGUCGGGUUCGAGGAUAAUGCGUGCGUGUUGAUUAACAAGGGAGGGGAACCGAUUGGGUCGAGAUUGAAUGGGAUUGUGGGCCAGGAGUUGAGGAAUAUGAGGUGGAGUAAGAUUUUGAGUUUGGCGCCGAUGCAUUUGUGAGAGGAGGAUAGAGGGAGCAUGAGG